UGGUGAGAGAAUGAAUGCUGAUGACUGCAAUGGACAUUCAUAUAUGUCAGCCAGUGGAGGAGAGACAGCGACGGAGCAUGGUGAUUUCUGUGGAGGUCUGAGGGUUCCGGCCGUGAGAACUCAACAGUCUUCUCUCAACCAAUCUCUCGGUGUGAACUCUAUUAAGGUAGAGGAGGACAGUGACAAUGAGCCUGUUGGUGCUCUACAGCCAGAGAGGAGAAAAGGAGAGAGGGAUGACAGAGAGGGCACAAUAGAAGACGGGAGUGGAGAGCUGGGAGGAAGGGUGGGUCGAGGGAGUGCAGGAAGUGGUUACGGGGAGCUGGCCAGUCCUCAUUCUGCAUCCCCUGGUCCCAUCCGACUGCCAAAUGGGAAGCUCCAAUGUGACGUGUGUGGAAUGAACUGUAUCGGGCCCAAUGUACUGAUGGUGCACAAGCGCAUCCACACAGGUGAGCGUCCGUUCCAGUGUACCCAGUGUGGAGCCUCCUUCACCCAGAAGGGGAACCUGCUGCGCCACAUAAAGCUGCACUCUGGAGAGAAACCCUUUAAAUGUCCCUUCUGUAACUACGCCUGUCGCCGCCGGGACGCACUCUCUGGACACAUCCGCACACACACUGUGCCCUCUCUGACAGUGGGUAAACCUUACAAGUGCAGUUACUGUGGUCGUAGCUACAAGCAACAGAUCACCCUGGAAGAACACCUUGAACGCUGCCACAACUACCUAAAGUGUCUACAGAACCAUCAGCCAGCACUCAACACUGAACACACUGCACAGGGUAUGGAGCCGAUGUCUGAGCCAGAGGCUGUCCUCCAGCCGUCCACUGAGAAACUGCCUUUUAUAGACAGACUGGUGAACACCAUCACCAAACGCAAGAGGUCGACUCCACAGAAGUUUCUGGGAGAAAAGCACAUGAGGCUCAACGAGCUUGAUAUAACUUCUGAACUAUUCCCUGGUCCUGAAAAGGAAAAGGAUGGGGACCUGCACUCUGCACCCAACUCUCACCUUGAGGGAGAGGCUGGUGCUGUAGGGUUAGUGGGGAUGGGGGGCAGAUAUCUCCACAGGUAUGGAGGUGAUGAGGACCCUGGGUCUGAGCCCCCUCAGCUGGCCCUGCCCUACUCUGCCUGCCUGUCUGACCCCAGCCCAGUCAUCAGCUCUGUUUACAGCCACCUGAUUCCUCUGGGUCCCCAGGUCAAUGGAGCCGUAGGUGGGCGUGGAGGUGGGGUAGCGGCCAGGUUUGUGGAGCUCGCUGGACGGGAAGCAGGCGAGGGACACAAGGACAUACCCUCAGGUCAGAGCCCCACGGUCAGCAAUGGCUACAGCAAUGGCUGCCAUGAUUUCAAAGACAAGUCCGACACAGAGAGCACAGCAGAGGAGCAGCAGAGCACCGGUGUUACAGCUCCAACCAGCAACUCCAACAACCACCACCUCCUCCCUAACCUACAGUACGUAGCCCCAGCCCUGCCCAGCAGCCGUCGCGACCGCCUUCCAAACCCCAAUCCCAGACACGCCCAAGACCCAGAUAAAGAGAGGGAGAGAGGGUACACCGACACCACCAUCCCCACCACUGUGAAGGGAUCGGGGAGCCCUGGUCCAGGGUCACCAUCCAUCUCCGGGGACGCUUCGAUACAGGUACAGGUGGUGGACAGGGAGGGACGAGCGGUGCGGUCAUUCCGCUGUGAGCACUGUCGCAUGUUCUUCCUGGACCACGUGAUGUUCACCAUCCACAUGGGCUGCCACGGAUUCCACCAGCCUUUCCAGUGCAACGUCUGUGGCCACUGCAGCUGCAACCGCUACCAGUUCACCUCACACAUCAUCCGCGGGGAGCACCAGGUGGGCUGAGGACAGGAGCACCAGGUGGGCUGAGGACAGGAGCACCAGGUGGGCUGAGGACAGGAGCACCAGGUGGGCUGAGGACAGGAGCACCAGGUGGGCUGAGGACAGGAGCACCAGGUGGGCUGAGGACAGGAGCACCAGGUGGGCUGAGGACAGGAGCACCAGGUGGGCUGAGGACGGGAGCGAAGGGGGAGAGCCGGUCCCAACAGCCCUACCCCUUCCCUUCCCCUUCAAUGUUUACCCAUCUGAAGGAUCUGGAUAGGUAUAAUCAGUGUAGUGGUAGAGAUUUCACUGUAUUGCUUCCACAUUACAAGGGUGUGGGAGUGAAUUGAGACC